CGAAGCCUUUCCCUUUAACAUUCGCCUACUACGGUAUAUCGCUCGGGAUAAUUUGACAAUAGAGGGAUACACACCUGCUUGAUCAUCGACCCACUAGCUUAUUAGACACGCUUAAUGAUAUGAAUUAGUGGUCCGUACCGUGACUGUAUCAAAGCGUGGCGCUAAGAGGAAACCGUGCAGCCCUCCGACGUCACCACCAUUCACGCGACACCAUAAUCACCCCACUGCUCUACUCCAAGGGCCUUUUGACACCACCUUCUCACGGCGGGUGGAUACUGAUCAUUACUGAGCGCAACUAUAGCUCCCGCGCGGUAUAUUCGCUCGUCUACGCUGUCAUAUUUUCCCAUCCCUCGCCAGUUUGAUCCGACCCGUGCGGGGCUUGACACGGACAGGCCGAACCCCUAAACGCGCGGGGUACUCUACACCUGAACGAGCUUCGAAGACCAAUUCAUCGGAUAGCUAAGGUUCUCCGAACCAUACUGAUCACCACUUGGUUUGAUUAUCACUCUUCCUUUCAUGCCAAAAUGUUUCAAUCCUCGAAACCCUACUCAGCCGUGACGGUCCAAAUAGAGGUCCUGACCAGUGAACAAUAUGAGGUGGAGGAUUCCAGUGGUAUCGUCGAUCUGGUAGAAGUCGUUCGCAUCCAAGCCAGUGGCCCGACGGAGGCGAGUCGGGCUUUGCGCAAGAAGCUAAAGUAUGGAAACCUUCAUCGGCAACUACGAGCGCUCACAAUCCUCGAUUUCUUGAUUCAAAAUGCAGGCGAACGGUUCUUGCGCGACUUCGCUGACGAGCCUUUGCUGGAACGACUCCGUAUCGCCGCUACCGAUCCCGUCUCAGACCCGCUUGUGAAGCAAAAGUGUAAACAGCUUUUUGCGCAAUGGGCGGUAACAUACAAGGAUACGCCGGGCAUGGCAAAGAUUACGGCGCUCUAUAAGCAACUCCCGAAGCGCAAGCAACCAGCCACGCAGGCCAAAGCCAAGGUUCUCCGAGAAGGGUCAAACCACAACGACCCACCAAUGGGGCAUACUGUCACCAUCUCAGCCGGCAAUGGACCCUCUACAAUGCUCAGCAGUCCAAAGCUAAAGCCCAAAUCGAAGGAAAAGAAGAGAGACAAGAAGCUCUCAAUCAGCACAAGUCGCUUCAACAUGGAGCGGGAACGCCCGCAGAUUCUGGAGACCAUCGCUUCUGCCUCGGUAGCGAGUACGAACUUGCUCAACUCUUUGAAACUGGUUAACCGCGAAACCACUCGUGUCAGUGAUGAUGCGGAAUGUAGCCACCGCUUCGAGAUAUGCAAGAAGCUCCGUCACCAGAUUCUGCGAUAUAUCCAGCAGAUCGAGAGCGAGGAGUUCCUUGGCGGAUUGAUCCAUGCAAAUGAAGAGCUGGUGACCGCAUUAAUGGCUUUCGAGGUUCUGGACAAGAGUGUGGAUUACGACAGCGAUAGUGACGAUGAUGUACUUUCGGGCAACUGGCGGCCGCGGGCUGAUAUCGAAUCCGAGAUGAAUCAGAGCUUUAGUGGGUUGUCCAUCAACCCGCCGAAGCCACCUCGGCCUAGUCUACCCGUUGCUUCGUCUUCGCAGCACGGGCGGCAAAUAUUCGAGAGUGAUACCGAGACGGAGGAAGAGGAGGAAGACGACGAAGACAAUCCCUUCGGAGACCGGAAUGCGAUUAAAACGCCUGGAAUUGAGAAAGCUGGGUAUUCUUGGAAAGAGGUUUAGAUCAGGGAAGCCGCGAUGUUAUAACUGCGUUACUUUGAGCUUGACUUGAUUGUUAGAUUGGCUAUACCUUGACAGGAUACCCAAAUGAGCCAAUGGUGCGGGUGUUGAUGAGACAUGCUUUUCUUUUGUUGACUUGAUGCGGUAUUAUAUCUUAUCCUUUGUGGAGUUAGUGCAUAGCUGGAAAUGAUCAUAUCAUUAUUGACCAUGUCCUCCGGGCACUCAAAAUAUUUCAG